AUGAGCGACGAAGACGACUCCCCCAUUGACAUCAGCAAGUACACCCCUCCCGACUGGAUCGACCUGUCUCUCCCUGACCCUCUGAACAUCGAGGACAUAGACUUUAACGAGCCUGCAAUGCUCCUCAUGCUCCAAAUCCUCCUCGGCCUCAAGGGCGACUCUGGGCCCAAGUCGAAGACGCCUUGGGGCAUUCAGCUUGCCAACAAACCGAGCCCGGCAGCUGUUAGCUCCGUGUUGCAGCGUGCGGCUGACCUUCUCGAAGCCGUUUGCAAGCUGAUAGCGACAAAAACUGGGUGGACCGUCAACUCUGUCCGGGCGAACUUUUGGAAAGGCUUCACUGCCUCGACCAAGACCCACGCCCCCUCUUCCUGGAAUGCGUUCGCCCAGAAGGAACACAAGAUUGCCGUCGAGGCGGCAAUCACAUCUGGGGAGAAGCCACCGACGCUACCUACUUUUCUCAAGGACAACAAGGGGACGCUGUCGGAAAAGUAUGCGAAGCUCAGUGCCGAAGAGAAGGCGGCAUUGCUCAAGGAUUUCAAUGACGCUCGGGCAGGGGCGAAGAAAGUACAAGUCUCUUCUCAGCUAACACGUCCGGGCCUCACGAAGACCAUCGGCGCGCAUGCGAAACACGUCAGAGCCAUUCUCGACGAGCUCUAUGACGCUGCCAACGUUCGCUACCUCGCCUUUAUCGUAUCAGGUGACACCAAGCUCAAGUUUUGCCCGUUCUUCUGCGCCUCUGAUGGGCUCGGCAACAUCAUCGCCAACCUCACCUUCCACCAGAAGAUGCCGGAGAGCAUGGCCAAAAUGAUUGAAGGCGUAUACGCCUCCGGCUUGAGUGAUGCUAUAGACGUCAGCAAGUUUACUCAAGUCAAGGGCCAAGCUUUUCGCGGCGACAGCCGCGGGAUGAUGUGGACUGGGUACGAGCAAAUCUGCGCUCAGAAAGACCCCACCACUGCGUCUAAGUCAAAGCCACGUCUCUUCCUCACGAACUACGAAGAGAGGAUCGUUCUCAAGAAAGGAGUUGCACUUGUUGGCUGGCCGUUCAAGUUUCCCGUUUGCGAUAUUGAUGGCCUCGAUCCAACCCAGCAGUAUCUCCUGAACGUCACCCUUUGUGAGAAGACGUGCAAGUGGGUAAUUCUGACCCCCGCCGAGCUGCAGGCUCGUAGGCUCGCAUUCAACAUGGCUCAUAUCAAAGCCAUCAAGUCCACUGCCGGGCAGUCUAAGAAGCGCGCGCGUCGUGAGGAGGAGGAGGAGGAGGAGGAGGACGAGGGUGAGGAAGAGGAGGACGAGGACGAGUAG